UUACCUAUUGAUUGUCGUGAUAGAGAAAAUUCAACUGCAUUAUUACUUUCAUCUGCACGUGGACAUUAUUCAUGUGCGGAAUAUCUUUUAGCUAAUGGUGCUGAUCCAAAUGCUCGUCGUAUAACUGGAGCUUCUCCACUUUAUUUUGCUGCAUCAUAUCAUCAUACACGUAUUGCUGAACUUUUAAUAAAUAAAUAUAAAGCUAUUGUUGAUUUAUCAACAUUCGAUGGUUCAGCACCAUUACAUGUCGCAUGUGAACAUGGUUUUGCUGAUAUUGUUCAAUUAUUAAUAGGUGCACAAGCAAAUGUAAAUGUUAAAAUGAAUGAUGGUACAACUGCUGUUAUGUUAGCAUGUCAAAAUGGACAUUUAUCUAUUGUACAAAUGCUUGUAGCAACUGGCCAGUGCAAUUUAACUAUGCAACGUUUAGAUGGUGUUACACCAUUAUUUCUUGUUGUUCAAAAUGGACAUGAAGCAAUAUUUGAUUAUUUAAAUGAAAAUAUUGAAAAUAUUAAACCAACAAUUGAUUUAGCUCGUGAAGAUGGUGCAACACCAAUAUUUAAAGCUUGUCAAAAAGGAUAUGAUUCAUUGGUUACUAAAUUGCUCAAAUUUAAACCAAAUCUUGAAUUACUUAAAAAUGGAGAAUCGUGUUUACAUGCUGCAACUAUGUUUAAUCAUGCAUCAAUUGUUCGUAGUCUUGUUGAUAAUGGUGCUAAUCCAUUAUUAAAUAAUUGGGAGGGUAUGACCGCUGUUGAUUUAGCUAAAGAAGCUCAAAUACAAGAUAUACUUGAUUUAUUAAUGAAAGCUUUAGCACCUAAAAUGAGUGAACAUGGUCGACAAUAUUUAUUACAUAAAAGUACUCGACGAAGUGAUGCUGAUUUUGAUUCAGAUUUAGUUGAACAUGAAGAACGUGAUGAAUGGAAAUUAUAUAAAAGUUUACAUUCAGCUGCUGAACUCGAACGUUUAGAAGAAGAAAUUGAACAUACACCAAUUCUUCCUGAUUUACCAGCUGCAAAAGGAAAGCAUGGUACAGUUAAAAGUCAUCGACCACAUCGAUAUCAUUCAACAUCACAAAAAUAA